AUGGCCAGUGUGGACAGGGGAGAGCGAAGGGAGCCCCCAGGGGAGCCGCAAGGCUUGGUCUCCUUUCAAGGCCUGGAGCAGGACUGGCACCAGCGGAGUUUUGUCAACCGCAGCUUGGUGCUGGGGAAGAUUCGCUGCUUCGGCUUUGACAUGGACUACACCCUGGCUGCCUACAAAUCCCCAGCGUAUGAGGCACUGGCCUUCGAGUUACUGCUGGAGUGCCUGGUGUGCACUGGGGACCCACACGAGAUGCUGCAUUACACCUACGACCCCUCCUUCCCCACCAGGGGGCUGGUGUUUGACAUGCUCUGUGGGAACCUGGUGAAGGUGGACACCCAUGGGAACGUGCUGUUGGGCACCCAUGGCUUCACCUUCCUCUUGGACCUCCCCAGGGCAGAGAUCUGGAGCUUCUACCCCAGCAAGUUCAUUCAGAGGGACAACCUGCAGAGGUUCCACAUCCUCAACACGCUCUUCAACCUGCCUGAAACCUAUCUGUAUGCUUGCCUGGUGGACUUCUUCUCGGGCUGCUCCCGCGACACCAACUGUGACACUGGCUAUCAGCAUGGGAAUGUCUUCAUGUCCUUCCGAAGACUCUUCCAGGAUGUGAAUGAUGCCAUGGAUAAUGUCCACCAGUCGGGCUGUCUGAAGGAGAAGACCCUGGAGGACUUGGACAUUUACGGGGAGAAGGACGUGCGAAUCCCCAACCUGCUGGGCAAGAUGAAGGAGGUUGGGAAAGUGUUUCUGGCCACCACCAGCAGCUACAACUACACGGAUGCCAUCAUGACCUACCUGUUUGGCAUCGGGGAGGCUGAGGCCUCCGACAGGCCCUGGAGGUCCUACUUCGACCUGAUUGUGAUAGACAUACAGAAGCCCCGCUUCUUUGCUGAGGGAACGGCGCUGAGACAGGUCAACACGGUAAUGGCGGGGGCUGAGGACUCGGGCAGGCUCCCCGUGGGCACCUACACGGGGCCCCACCAGCACUGCGCGGUUUACUCUGGAGGCUCUUCGGACGGGGUGUGCGAGCUGCUCGGGGUGCAGGGGAAGGAUAUCCUGUACAUUGGGGACCACAUCUUUGGGGACAUCCUCAAGUCUAAGAAGGGGCAGGGCUGGCGGACUUGCCUGGUGGUUCCUGAGCUGUCCCGGGAGGUGGCCAUCUGGGCCCAAGAGAAGGAGCAGAUGGAGGAGCUGAAGAGGCUAGACAUGCGUCUGGCAGAGCUGUACCAGCACAUGGAUGGGAGCAGUUAUGGGCUGCAAGUCAUCAACUCCACCAAGAGGGAGAUUCAGAUGCCCCAUGAGUCAGUUGUGGAGCAAGAACGAGCCAAACUCGAUCCCUUCUCCUGCCCCUGCUUCUACAGCCAGAGGGUCACUAUGAAAGACAGUAAAUGA